CUAAAAUUUGAAAUGUUUCAGCCUUGAUUGGCUUGGUUUGCCCAGGACUGUGGGAUUUCCCAGAUGUGGGAACUUCUGGACUAAAACUGUGGAGAUCCCAGGCAGAUGGGGCAGAGUUGGUCAUCCCACAUGUGCUAUGAAUGGGUGUUUUUGUUUUAAGCCUCAUGCUGAGGGCGGCUAGUUGCCCUGUUUGGGAGCUGCCACUUCAGGUGGAGUCGCUGGUCAUUAAUCCAAGGCCACAGUCCAGAGAUGGCGUCCACCAGCUCUUCAGCAAUCUUCCUCCAAAUGCACCUGAAGUUUUACUAAUUGGCAUAAAGGGAUGUCAGAAAAACACAAUGAGGUGGCUGAAGGAAGAUGUAUUCAGCAAACAGUUUAACAACCAGCACCGGGUCAAAAAGCCCUACUACCGGAGGAAGACCUACUUGUGCUACCAGCUGAAGCUGCUCAAUGGCCCCACACUCGACAAAGGCUGCUUUCAAAACAAGAAACGUCGCCAUGCAGAAAUUCGCUUUAUUGACAAGAUCCGGUCAAUGAGGCUGGACCCAGCCGAGAGCUACGAAAUCACCUGCUAUCUCACGUGGAGCCCCUGCCCCUCCUGUGCCCGGGAACUGGUUGAGUUCAUAAACCACCACCAUCACGAUCACCCCCGCUUGAGACUGCGGAUCUUCACCUCCCGCCUGUACUGCCACUGGCGCAAGAAGCAUCAGGAGGGGCUGCAACUUCUGUGUAAAUCCAACGUCCCAGUGGAUGUCAUGAAACUCCCAGAGUUUACUGACUGCUGGAGAAACUUUGUGGAUGAGGAAAGGCCCUUUGAGGAAUGGGAGAAUCUGGAGCAAUACAGCAACAGCAUAAGCCAACGGCUCGAGAGGAUCCUGAGAUCCUGGAAUGUCAAUGUUUUAACGGAUGACUUCAGAAAUUUGCAACUUGGAUCCCCAUCACCCUCCUCAUCAGCGAGUGACUCAAGAUGACUGUCCCUGGAGCAUCUCAUUGCCUCAUAAAUUGCUGGCCCUUAUGAACACGAAGCAGGCUCCACAUACUUGUCCCUCACCCCAAACCUGGCUCUGACCCAAGUCCAGAAGACCCUUCUUUCUCCUUCAUUCAUUUCUGUUUUCUUUUGUUUUAUAAGUGGGCAAAUAAUUUUAUAAUUGUAAAAAUAAUUUCAAAGUCUGUAAAACCUGAGCACUAUGGUUUGAAUGUGUCCCCUCCAAAAUUCAGAUGUUGCCAGUAUAUUAAGAUGUUGCGGCGUUAAGAUGUUGCGGCGUUAAGAUGUUGCGGUGUUAAGAGGUGGGGCUUUAAGAGGUGACUGGGCCAUGAGGACUCCUCCCUUGUGAAUGGGAUUGAGACCCUUAUAAGAGAGGCUUCACACAGCAUUU